AUGUCCAGUCUACAGAAAUCAGUCUUGUCUUAUGAUUAUUAUGAUGAACGAUUCCAUUUCUGUACACCUGAAGGAGGAGCCAAGAAACAAGCAGAAAGCCUUGGUUCUGUUCUAUUUGGUGACCGUAUCUUUACUUCCCCUUUCAAGUUGUCUUUGGGCAAUAAUGAAAAGGACAAAGUGUUGUGUACUUCUACCACGAUUCCCAAGAAAGAUGCAGACUUUAUUAAUGAGUGUAUCAAAAAUGACUAUGCUCUCAACUGGGUAGUGGAUGGUCUUCCUGCUGCUCAUCUCAGUAACGAUGAACGUACCAAUGAGCAGUAUUACAGUAUUGGAUUCGCAUUGGGUUCAAACAAGGCAGUACCUGAACUUAAUAACCAUUACGAUAUCACGAUUGAAUACCAUCACAGAGAAGAUGGUAAAUAUCGUGUCGUGGGUGUGUUGGUCUCUCCUGUCAGUCGUGCUCAAACAGUGAAUGAAAGAGGUGUACCUGUUGUUACAGGUGAACCUCUUGUGCUCAAGGGAAAUGAACGAGUCGUCUAUACUUAUAGUGUCAAUUGGCAGCUUUCUUCUAAGGCUUGGGCUACACGUUGGGAUAAUUAUCUUCAUGUCUUGGACCCUUCUAUUCACUGGUUCUCUCUUGUGAAUUCAAUUGUGAUAGUCUUGUUCUUGACAGGUAUGGUAGCCAUGAUCUUGAUUCGUACUCUUCAUAAAGACAUUUCUCGCUAUAAUGCGGUGGAUGCUCAAGAAGAUGUGCAAGAAGAUUAUGGUUGGAAAUUAGUUCAUGGUGAUGUCUUUAGACCUCCUCAACGUCCCAUGUUCUUGUCUGUCUUGGUAGGCAGUGGUGCACAAAUUGUAGCCAUGACAGGCUUAACUUUAGUAUUUGCUGCUCUUGGUUUCUUGUCUCCUUCCAACCGAGGUGCAUUAGGCACUGUGAUGAUUAUUUUCUUUAUGGUAUUUAGUUGCAUUGCAGGCUUUGUAUCUGCUCGUAUCUACAAGAUGAAUGGUGGUGAGAACUGGAAGAUGAACAUUGGUUUAACUGCUGGUCUUGUGCCUGGUGUCAUUAUGAGUUCUUUGUUUGCCAUGAACUUCUUCUUGAUCUAUUCCCAAUCUUCUGGUGCUGUUCCCUUUGGCACUGCCUUUUCUCUUUUGGCCUUAUGGACCUUGAUUGCUUUACCUUUGAGUGUAGCUGGUUCUUACUUUGGUUUCCGUCAACCUCGUAUUGACCAUCCUGUCCGUACAAACCAAAUCCCUCGUCAAAUCCCUGAUCAACCUACUUAUUUGCGUAGUCUUCCUUCUAUCUUGAUGGGUGGUAUUUUACCCUUUGGUGCAGUGUUUAUCGAGGUCUACUUUAUCUUUAAUUCGAUCUGGUUCCAUCGUAUCUAUUACGGUAUUGGAUUCUUAUUCAUGGUGUUUGUGGUUCUUAUCUUGACUUGUUCUCAAGUGACGAUUUUGAUGUGUUAUUUCCAUCUAUGCAGUGAAGACUAUCAUUGGUCAUGGCGCUCUUUCUUGACUUCGGGUGCUACUGGUUUUUAUGUGUUUUUGUAUUCCGUCUUGUAUUAUUUUACAAAGUUGGAUAUCAAUUCAUUCACAAGUACAGUUCUCUAUUUUGGUUAUUCUUCUCUUUUGAGUCUUUUGAUCUCUAUCUUUACUGGUUCUGUAGGUUAUAUUUCUUGUCUUUAUUUCUUGCAAAAGAUUUUUGCUAGUAUCAAGGUUGAUUAA